AUGGCUCCCGGAAUGACGGCUAGUGCGACCGCCACGACCAGUGCACGCAGUUCUGUCGGCCCAACCAAACCCAAGUCAAAGGUCAACUCCAAUGGCUACCAUCCGACCGCUACCAUCCCUCUCAGCGCCAUGUCCAGCACAGCGCUCGAUCUCACUUCCGUCGAACGCCGAGGUCAGCCCACGGCCCCCCGCGAACCCAUCAGGAAGGCCAGCAGACCUCACGGUAUCUCCGAUGCCCCGACUUAUUAUCCGACGGCAGAGGAUUGGCGCGAUCCCUCAGAAUAUAUGAAGAAAAUUGCACCCGAGGCCUCCCAGUAUGGUAUCUGCAAAAUUAUCCCCCCGGACUCUUGGAAUCCCGACUUCGCCAUCGACACAGAGUAUGUUUCCAUUUCAAUCCCACUCAACGCUUGUCACACGCCACUCACACCUCACCUCACAGGUACGCGCGCAAACCUGACAUACUUGGACGGUCUUGGCAAGUUUCACAAGCAGCAAGGCAAUAACCUACACCGUCUACCCUAUGUCGAUAAGAAGCCCCUGGAUCUCUACCGUCUAAAAAAAGCUGUCGAAUCCAGAGGAGGCUUUGACAACGUAUGCAAGCUGAAAAAGUGGGCAGAAAUUGGUCGUGAUCUAGGAUAUAGCGGCAAGAUCAUGUCUUCGCUGUCUACAUCUCUCAAGAACUCGUAUCAGCGAUGGCUGUGCCCAUAUGAAGAAUAUCUUCGCCUUGCCAAACCUGGCGUCCACCAGCAGCUGGAACAGGAAUACGGCGGACCCUUGACGCCAAGUCCCGCACAAACGCCCAUCAAGCGUUCUGAGGUUAACACGCCAUCUGGAACAACCGCCAAGUCUCCCGCCAGGAAUGCCUCCGAGGCCCUACAAAAUGGCCUCAAGCGGGAGGCCGACCGUGAUACCCCUAUGCUUGAUGCGCCACCUGCUCCCAUGUCCGGAGGCUCCGGAUUCACGGCUGUGAAUUCCGGUUUCACCAGCAUCAACAGAGCCUCUAUUGACCGGAAAAGCUUCACCCCAGAAGUGGUUAGUACCAGGAAUGUGACACCAGAUGAUCACACUGGCCUUGGCAGUGCUGCACAAGUCAAACAAGGAACCAGCACUGACGUUGUGUCUGAUGCUUCAAAGAAAGAAGCCGACGGCGACAAUGAAGACGGCGCAAAUCGCCGCAGCAAGCGUCUCAAGAGAGAGAAUGUCCCUACCGUUGCUGGCUCGCAUAUGACACCAUUCCGCCCCUCCGUUCCUCGCAUCCCACGUGAAGAAGAUCUGCCUGCAGGCGAAACUUGCGAAACUUGCGGCCAGGGAGAGGCCGCUGGAUCAUUGCUUGUCUGCGAAUCUUGUGAUAACUCGUACCAUGGUCUUUGCUUGGACCCCCCUGUGAAGCGCAAACCGGACGCUGAAUGGAACUGCCCUCGCUGUCUUGUUGGCGAUGGACAGUUUGGCUUUGAAGAGGGCGGCCUAUACUCACUCAAACAGUUCCAGCAAAAGGCCAACGACUUCAAGCAAGGAUACUUCGAGAAGAAGAUGCCAUUCGAUAGCACCUUGAAAUGUCACAGGCCUGUUACCGAGGAAGAUGUCGAGAACGAAUUUUGGCGUCUUGUUGCUGAUUUGGAGGAAACUGUUGAAGUCGAAUACGGCGCCGACAUUCACUGCACUACUCAUGGUUCCGGCUUCCCUACGCUCGAAAAGAACCCUGGUAACCCUUAUGCUGCGAGCGGCUGGAACCUCAAUGUGCUCCCAUUUGCCUCGGAGAGCUUAUUUCGACACAUCAAGUCGGACAUCUCUGGCAUGACCGUUCCUUGGGUGUACGUUGGCAUGAUGUUUUCUACAUUCUGCUGGCACAACGAAGACCACUAUGCCUAUUCGGCUAACUACCAACAUUUUGGCGCCACAAAGACGUGGUACGGUAUACCCGGUGCUGACGCUGAAAAGUUCGAGGCCGCCAUGCGAGACGCUGUGCCAGAACUAUUUGAAACACAGCCGGACCUUCUCUUCCAACUUGUGACACUGCUCACCCCCGAGCAACUCACCAAGGCUGGCGUCCGCGUGUACGCCAUCGACCAGCGUGCUGGCCAGAUGGUCAUCACUUUUCCACAGGCUUACCACGCUGGCUUCAAUCAUGGCUUCAACUUCAACGAGGCCGUCAACUUUGCCCCGCCAGACUGGGAGUCCUAUGGUAUGGCUGGUGUGGAGAGGCUACAAGCCUUCCGACGACAGCCUUGCUUCUCUCACGAUGAACUGUUGUGGACUGCUGCCGAAGGAGCGUCGGCCAGCCUGACAAUUUCUACAGCCAAAUGGCUCGGGCCAGCGCUCGAGCGCAUCCAAAAAAGAGAAUUGGCUGAUCGUGAACUGUUUGUGAAACGUCAUCUCUCAUCGGCGACUCACAAAUGCCAAUGCUUCAACGAAGGGGACGGAAACUGCCCCCUUUCGCUCAAGAUUGAAGACGAGGAUAUCUUGGACGAAGAUGAACAGUGCUGCAGUUACUGCAAAGCCUUUGCUUACCUCUCCAGAUAUAAAUGCCACCAGUCUGGCAAAGUUUUGUGCAUUUUGCAUGCAGGUAAUCAUGCUUGCUGCAAUGAGAGCGAAGAAAACCGGUACCUCGGCGCGGGUCACACGCUCUACUACCGCAAAACGGAGGAGAUGAUGAGAGAUGCCCAUACAAAGGUUAUUGAGAAAGCAGAUACCCCUAGACAGUGGGAAGAGAAGUACGCAAAACUCCUUGAUGAAGAGAUGACUCCGUCGCUGAAAUCUCUUCGAGGCCUCCUUCACGAAGGCGAGCGCAUUCCCUUCGAUCUCCCGUCCCUGCCCAUUCUGAAAGAGUUCGUCGAUCGAUGCAACGAGUGGGUCGAUGAAGCAACGACCUACAUUGUGCGCAAACAACAAAAUCGACGCAAAAACGAACGAGCCUGGCAGACUGGUACGCGUAGAUCCAUCGGCAACUCAUCCCAGGAUCAAAAAGAACCCGAAUCUCGCAACGUGAGCAACAUAUACCGACUCCUUCAGGAUGCCGAGCACAUUGGUUUCGAUUGCCCGGAAAUUUCACAACUUCUAGAGCGCUCGGCUUCCAUCGAAAAGUUCCAGACCAGUGUUUCGGAAGCGCUGAAGAAAGACGCCAGCCCUGACGUGAAGCUCCUCGAGGAAUUGCUUGAGGAAGGACGCAGCUUCAACGUAGAUACGCCCGAGAUCGAAGCUCUAUCCAGGACGCUUCGCCAGAAGCGGUGGAACGAAAAAGCCGAAGCCAGCCGAAAGCUGCCCCUGACCCUCUCCGACGUUCAGGAUCUGAUUGAGGAAGGCAAGCGACUGGGCCUUGAGAUCUACAACGAUCACUUCAAGUUUUACUGUAAUCAGAUGGCGGCCGGCGAAUCCUGGGAAGCCAAAGCCAGAGAGCUGAUUCACGCCGAAUUUGUUCACUACCCACAGCUCGAAGCAUUGUCUAAGCAGGUACAGGUGGGCGCUCUGCCCGUUUCCAAGGAUACACUGGCUGCAGUUGAUCAAAUUCUGCAUAAGCAACGGGAGGCUCAUCGCCAAAUUCUCGACAUCACUGAGCGCUGCCGUGAAGACGACUUCCGCAAACGCCCAAUGUAUAGCGAGGUCGUUGAUGUAACAAAGCAACUGGAAGAUCUGAAUUCGAAACCGAACGGCACGUUGGACCUUGAAAAUGAGCGCAAGCGCCACGAAGACUGGAUGCGCAAGGGCAAACGCCUAUUUGGCAAGUCUAAUGCGCCAUUGCAUAUUCUCAAAAAUCAUCUGGAAUAUGUUCUAGAGCGUAACUUGGACUGCUUUGACACCGAACACGAUACUCCCCGCCUCCCUGCAGAGCCUGUGUCCAGAGAGCAGAGCCCAGAUGGGAUCAAGAAUACCGAGGACACUCGCCGUCGCCAGGUUUUCUGCAUGUGUCGAAAGGUUGAGGCUGGCAUGAUGAUUGAAUGCGAGCUUUGCCACGAGUGGUAUCAUUAUAAGUGCCUCAAGAUUGCGCGCGGCAAAGUCAAGGAGGAUGACAAAUACACUUGUCCCAUCUGCGACUGGAGAAUGAAGAUUCCUAGAGAUGCAGCCCGCCCCAAGCUCGAAGACUUGAUUGCGCUCAUUGAAGAAGUGCCACAUCUUCCCUUCCAGCCUGAGGAAGAGGAGGUUUUGCAGAGUAUUAUUUCGAACGCACAAAACUUCCGCGAGUAUGUGUCGCGGUACUGUAACUCCCUUGUCUCAACAGAAGCAGAGGCCGAGACGCAACGAUUCUAUCUACGCAAACUCGAAGGUGCUGAAGUGCUACUUGCGUAUGAGACCAAUUUCUUUCGCCAGGAGUUGCACAAAUGGUACCCAGUCGCCCCAGAUGCACCACCCAUCCUGGAGGUAUCCCUCAGCACCCGAAAGCCACGACCCACGAAGCUGCAGAAGAUGCUUGUAGAAUAUGGCGUCGAUAACCCCGACGACCUGCCAGAGCAUGCCAAGGGUAAGGCCAAUAGCCUGCGACGCAAGGCCGCCAAUGCCGAGGCCGCGGCUGCCGCAGCUCAAUCAGGGCCCGGCUCUCUUCAACCGCCAUCUUCGAACGUUUCUUAUGGAGGACCAGCCUAUUAUUCUCAGGAUGGGCAGGGAGACUCGGACAGGCGCGACCACUCGGAGGACGAUGGCAAUGAUGAUUCGGUGGCGGAUCAUCCCCGGGAGAAGUCAACGUCCGAGGGCCGAGAGAAGUCCGAUGAUGGACGGUCUCUUGGCGAAGCCAUUGAGGACGUCAAUAUCCACACGGAAGCGGGUAAAGCAAAGGCACUCGAAAUCUUGGGCCGAACAGAGGAUGGGAAAAGGCAGGCUGAGAAGAUCUGGGGCUCCGAUGUAUGGGCCAAGCGGGCCCUGCGUGAUGCCGAUGUGAUCACUCCAAAGCGGGUGGACGAGUCCAAAGACGAGGCUAAGACGGAAAAGAUGCUCACAGACACGAGUGACGAAAAGCGGGCUGAAGAAAGGAGCAAGGAAAAGAAGGACGUGAACGACGCCAAGAUGACUACGGAGUCUCUGGAGGACGAGCGAAAUGGACUGGAUGCAAUGAUAGACGGGGAGUAG